UAAGCAUUGAACAUUUUAGGUCGCUAACAUUUGUGGUCACUUCAAAAUAUGUUUGAUUACCUGUGUUUGACGCUCCUUCUCUUCGUUGGGAUAUGCAGUGGCCUAGAAGUUCGCUGUACGAGUAACGGGACUGUUGAAACCUAUGUGUCGGCGGUAAAACUGGAAGGUCUGUCCUACAGCAAGCGUGCAGUGAACUUUUCAGUCCCUGUAUCAGUUAAAUAUGAAAUUAAAAACGUUAACGAUCCAUCUGUUGUAACGCUUUCUUGGGAGCGUGAUGGCAGUGAAAUAUCAGUCAACCGAAGGAAGACAAAUGAUAAACCCACUAUUUCCAGUGAUUAUACUACAGAAGUAUUCUCAGAAAGCACGCAUACUUUGGAAUUAACUCUGCACUUAAAUCCCAAAGAUCCUGUUCCGGGAAAUUAUACUGUUAGUGCAACUGAGGGUGACGUAACAUCUUCUGCAUCAGGUUUCGUUUAUAGUGCACCUGUCUUUCCUUUGUUCACAAAACCAAAACGUGUUCUGGAAGGGGAUAUCAUUCGCAUCAUAUGCUCUGUAAGCAGUUAUCCGAAGGCAUCAUCAGUACUGUGGAGUUUCGCUCCGAUACCGACUAGUCAAAUGGAGGAUGACAAUGCCCUGACAUCAGCAUUAUACAGUUUAGAGCCAUUAGUGAUCAAUGAAACUAAUUUUCUGCUGGAGACAAGUAGUGAAAGUGGCACGAGAAAUGAUACUCUACGAUUCCUUAAUCUGAAAAACAGUGACAAUGGCCUGUAUGCGUGUAAUGUGACAACUGAAUUGGGUUCAGAUUUUGCUCUGUCGAUUGUCAAUGUUAAAGAUCGUUGGGCAGCUCUUUGGCCAUUCAUAGGAAUUGUUGUUGAAGUUUCUAUUCUAGUUAUUGCUAUCCUGCUAUAUGAACGUCAUCAAAUGCGUUCAAAGCCUACAAAUGUGUCGGCGAAAUGUGAUACUUCAAGUGCUGGAGCUGGUGUUAUUGGUCAAGAGAAUAUAUCCGCAGCUGUUAACAAUAAUAAUAACAACAACAACAGUAAAGCUAAUAGUACAGGACAAAAUAAUCUUACAGUCCCAGUGCAUAUUGGCGAUAUGGCGGGUGGCGGUGAAGUGAAUGAUGGAAAUGCGGAGGGAAGAGAUCAAAAGGCUGAUGAAAUUCGUUUACGCGCCAACGUGAAACAGUAAAUUUGAGAAAUACUCACCCACCCACACAGAGCGUGGGUGGGUGUGAUGAUAACACAACAUUUAAAUUUCUAAAUCAUGCGCAAUCAUUUUUCUUUCUCUGGUUCAGUAAAAAGAGACAAAAUGUUCAGUAGAGUCUUAAUUUCAUUCUUCGUGCAUAUAUCCGUACACCAUACAUACAUACAAAUGCCUCUAAGUCCAGUCAUUAUUGAGAAUUUACCAAUAGCUUAGCUAACAGAAUUUCAAAUUCUUCUGAUUAUGUAAAUUAGUCUUCAGUGUCUCUGUGCGUGCGUGCGUAUGUGUAUCGUCUGAUGAUGAUGAUGAUGGCGAUGAUCUCUAGAAUCUCAUUUCAUCAUUCAACUUGUUUCUUUUUGAAGUCUCUGUCUGUCUGCCUGUCUGAUCUGAUCUGAUGUUGUCUCAUACCUAUUGAAAUAACACGCUCAUACAAAAAAGUCUUUGACCUAUAUAUAGUCUCUGUGCUAUAUUGUAUUUCUUGUCAAAUGUACUCAUGCUUUCACGUGCACACACAUACACACUUUGCACGCAUACAAUCAUUACACAUUCGUCUUAUCUUUACACCAAUCAGUUCCUUUUUAAUUUUGUUGUCACACCACUUUCUAAUAUGUCUCAUUCUGUCCUACUGGUACAGUUUUGAUUUAUUUUUUUUUCUCUGUUUUUGAUUUCAAAAUCAAUAGAGUUUUUCGUGUUUUUUUUGAGUACAUUGAAAUCGUUUUGCUUUUUUUUGUUUUGUUUAACUUCGAACUUUGUGUGUGUGUGUUGAGUAUGAUUUGUAUUGAGUGUGUGUUUGUGUGUCUGUUUGUGUAUAUAUCACAGUGAUGAUACUGGAUGUGAAAGUCAGAGGAAGACGGGGAUGGGGUGGAAUGAGGUGCGGUUUGUUGGUGCGUGCGUGGGUGGGGGUGGGUGCUGGCUGAUGAGAUGAUUUUCUGUUAUUAUUCACAUUUUGUUUGUUCAUAAUGUCUUGGUGUGUGUGUGUGUGUGUGCGUUACUAUGUCGCAUAUGCCUUGUUGCUUCAAAUAUAGAGUAGUUCAUUG